AUGAAGGUUCUCUUGUUUGCCGUUCUGAUUCCGCUGGUCGCUGCAUUGCAGGUGAAGUUGUUUCGGGCCGGUUUCAAUAAGCAGGGGUACGAACUUUACGCUGGUUACGAAAAAGUUCCGUUCCCUCCUUCUGAUAUCGCCAAAUCUUGUAAGGAUCUUGAUCCUACUUUAUUGCCAGGAGUGAUAGACAGCAAGGCUACUAACGACAGGAUUGUUGGUAAGUUUCCGGUAUUAACUUCCAAGGGAAGUCUCUUUUUUCGCUGUCGGAUCUAUACUGCAGACCUUGUAGAUAUUGAUGCAGGCUAAGAUGCAUCGGGUUUCUAGAAGUGUUCGUGAUGAGGAGUAUUGAUGAGCCAUAACUUCACCCUUAGGGCCCGUAAACACCUUUUGGAAGCAGGGGCCUGUUUCACUAACAUAAAAAUAAAUAAAAGAGAAGUAGGGGGGAGCGAGAGAGCAUCGAAAACGCGUUUGCGAGCGAGAGAAACCGGACGAAAAGCAGAAGUAGCCUACUUCUCUUUCGGAGUGACUUUUUACGUCCAAAACCGGGGUUGGCGGCAGUAUUUUGGCCACAACUUUUUUCUCAAUUGUUAUAGGAACAUCCUUCAAAAAACCAAAUAAAGCAGACGGUUGAGACUACAACAUAUCCAAAUUUCGUUGUUUUAUUUUCAAGAGUAGAUUAGUUAUAUAGCUUAAAGUACAGAGUACAUUUACACUGAAGAUACAAAAUGUUUUAUUUCUCGGUCAAUUUCAAAAUUUAGAAGCUCUAAUUUAUACCAGUCGAUAGCCCAUCUUUUUUCCCAUGAGGUUUUUUUAGAGGGCCAGUUGUAAGACUUAUUAUGGCUGAGUAAUGGCUAAUUUACCUCCAUUUUUGUCAUAAAAAAGAGCCCCUCAAAUCAAAGGAAGAGGAAAAGUUCGCCCCUUUCGGAACGACUUUUUAUGGUCAAAAAUGGAGGUUACCUUGAUUUAAUUGCUCGGAACUCUAUCAGUUUAUGAUAUAUCGACACCCCUCAAAAAACAUAAUGUAGCUAAGAAACGGCUCUACACACUGGUAUGAAAUUUGUAAUUAUUCUUUUAAAAAUUGAUGAGAAAAAUUCGUUUUUAUUCCGUGAAAAAGAAAAAAACGAGAUGGUUGGCCGUACUACUGUAAAAUUAGCGGUCCACCGGGAUAUAAAAGGAAUUCAAAACACAUAUUGUCUAAAACUGCUUUAAAAAUUCUAUGUGUUGUUUUUUGGAGUGUUUCAAUCCGAAAAGUUUUACCCAAGUUAUGGGGAUUUUAAGCUAAAAUUUAGUCGAUUUUCUCAAAAAUUAAACCACACGUACUUUACGAUUUUUUUAAGGACGGGUUUUAGCACCACAGCAAUGAAAAUAAUCUUGGUGAUAGCUGAAACUGUCAGCUUCAUUCUAAAUUUUGAAGGGUGUUCCUAGGCCAACUGAGAAAAAAGUUAUGGCCAAAAUACUGCCGCCAACCGCGGUUUUGGACGUAAAAAGUCACUCCCGCAAAAGUAGGCUACUUCUGCUUUUCGUCCGGUUUCUCUCGCUCGCAAACGCGUUUUCGAUGCUCUCUCGCUCCCCCCUACUUCUCUUUUAUUUAUUUUUAUGUUAGUGAAACAGGCCCCAGUUUUUCACACGGCCUGGGGUCUUCAACAUCCACUAGGUCAUCAGUAUGGAUCGGAAAAUGUGACUUUCCUUUUGGACAAAAUCGUAAAAAGAAUGGGAAAAUUUCGGGUCUGGAAACGUCAAAAAAAUCGCGGCAGGACCCGUAGAGAAGUUAUCACGAGCUUUGAAUUAUGAAGGUUUUUCUUCUCUAACCUCUUUACUAAUUGUAGCGGUUACACCCGUUGCUGAAGCCAAAUUGCAUGCAAAGAUCCCCUACUUCCAACUUGGAUUAUACGCCCAAGACCAACAGCUCAAGUGGUUCGACGAGAGCGUCCCGAGCAACUUUUCUGGUCUUCCGGCAGGAACUCAAAUCCCCGACGGCACCGCUUACUUCGCACUCGAUCCCCACGGCACCGACGGCCGCCAGCCCGGGGAGUGGUUCGUGUUGCCUGCGGGUGAAGAGGUACAUGUUUUUCUCUGUGGCGGGUCCGAGUAA